AUGGCCACAAGUACGAGCACCAAGGUGUUCGCUAUAACCAUGGCAUCACCAUCAGUGUCAAAAGCCGAUGAAAAUGUGCUGGCUAAGGUACAGGUGUUUUACUCGCCAUACAGUCAGAAAGCCAUUGAUUUCAUUAAGCUAAACAAGCAAGGUAGUGCUAAUGGACUGUAUGAGCUCAUGUUACCGGAGGUUGAUGGCGAAGUCCAGAACAAGAUUGAAGUGGAUUAUAUACCAUGGGGUAUGGCUAAAAGGGAUAGGGAUGUGGACACUGGCAAGUUUGUGUACACUUGUGAUGAUACCGAUUGUGUCGCCACUAGACUUCAUGCAUGUAUCGCCCGCAACCACGUGUCCCUAUACCACAACCACCAUGAGUUUUAUAUGAUACUGUGCACCACUGACCAGGAUACAUGGGCUACUGACCCGUUGGCACAGGUAGAGCAAUGUGUGAAUGAAGUGAAUGAUGAGGUGCCCGAUACCGAGACGGCUAAUGCACUAACAGCCUGUGCUGCCAAUGACAAUGUCGAGGGGAACGGCUAUUUGGAUGAGGUAUUGGCCGCCACCGAUGGACUCUACCCCGAGCUAAGCGCCGAGUCCGACCCACUAAUAUUAAUAAAUGGCGUACGCAAUGAUAAAGCACUGAUUAAUGUUAGAUACGAAGUGUGCAAAGCUAUAGCGAAAGAUCAAAGACCAACAUUAUGUGCCGAUGUGACAGAGGAUCCGGAUGUCCCCGUUGACAUAAGUGUGCCAACUGAUAAAGUUAAAGUGCAGGUGUAUUACUCGCCGUAUAGUCCGAAGUCAAUUGAUUUGAUUAAAUUGAAUGCCGAGGGAAAUGAUAAAGGAUUAUAUGAGUUGAUGUUACCCGAGGUGGACGGGGAGACCAAGUAUAACGUGGAAGUGGAUUAUAUACCAUGGGGUAGGGCUACCAGGGAUACGGAAACUGGUACUGGCAAGUUUACCUACACGUGCGCUGAGGGGGAUGACACUUGCAUAGCUACUAGACUUCACGCAUGUAUAGCUCGCAACCACGUGUCCCUAUACCACAACCACCACGAGUUUUAUAUGAUACUGUGCACCACUAACCAGGAUACAUGGACUACCGAUCCAUUAGCACAGGUAGCCCAAUGUGCCAGAGAUGUGAAUGACGAGGGUCCUGAUGAGGGCACGUCCGACGCCCUUAAAGCCUGUGCCGCCGUAGAUAACGCUGAGGGGAACGGCUACCUGAAUGAAGUGUUGGCAGCUACUGAUAUAUUAUAUCCCGGAAUUGAUGAAGAUAGCGAUCCAUUGGUGUUAAUCAAUGGUAAACGUAGUGCUAAUGCGUUGACUGAUUUGAAAAGUGCUGUUUGCAAUGCAUUCACUGAUGAAUCUAGACCACAAGCCUGUACCAAUACACCCGUCCCACCUGAUGAUAAACCGUUAGCUAGGGUGCAGGUGUUUUAUUCACCGUUUAGUCAGGCGGCCAUUGAUUUUAUUAAACUAAACAAGCAAGAUAAUCCCGAUGGCUUGUAUGAGCUCAUGCUACCAGAGAUCGAAGGGGAAGUCAAGAAUAAGAUUGAAGUGGAUUAUAUACCAUGGGGUAGGGCUACCAGGGAUAAGGGUGACACUGCUCGUGCCCCUAGCAACCACGUGCCCCUAUACCACAACCACCACGAGUUUUAUAUGAUACUGUGCACCACUGACCAGGACACAUGGAAAACCAAUCCACUGGCACAGGUAGUCCAAUGUGUGAAUGAAAUGAAUGAUGAGUUUCCCGAUGCCGAUACGGCUAAUGUACUGACAGCCUGUGCCGCUAAAGACAAUGUCGAGGGGAACGGCUAUUUAGAUGAGGUAUUAGCCGCCACUGAUGGACUCUAUCCAGAAAUUACUCCAGUGAAUGAUGAGGUGCCCGAUCCCGAUACGGCUAAUGCACUGACAGCCUGUGCCGCUAAAGACAAUGUCGAGGGGAACGGCUAUUUAGAUGAGGUAUUGGCCGCCACUGAUGGACUCUAUCCAGAAAUUACUCCAGAGAGUGAUCCACUUAUAUUAAUUAAUGGCGUUCGUAAUGAUAAAGCAUUGACUAAAAUUAGAUACGAAGUGUGCAAGGCAAUUCCGAAAGAAUUGAGACCAGCACCUUGCUCAGAUGUGACAGAGGAUCCGGAUGUGCCUGUUGACAUAAGUGUGCCAACUGAUAAAGUUAAAGUGCAGGUGUAUUACUCGCCGUAUAGUCCGAAGUCUAUUGAUUUGAUUAAAUUGAAUGCCGAGGGAAAUGAUAAAGGAUUAUAUGAGUUGAUGUUACCUGAGGUGGACGGGGAGACCAAGUAUAACGUGGAAGUGGAUUAUAUACCGUGGGGAAGGGCUACCAGGGAUACGGACACUGGUACUGGCAAGUUUACGUACACGUGCGCUGAGGGGGAUGAUACUUGUAUAGCAACUAGACUUCACGCAUGUAUCGCUCGAAACCACGUGUCCUUAUACCACAAUCACCACGAGUUUUAUAUGAUACUAUGCACUACUAACCAGGAUACAUGGACAACCGAUCCAUUAGCACAGGUGGCCCAAUGUGCCAGAGAUGUGAAUGACGAGGGUCCUGAUGAGGGCACGUCCGAUGCCCUUAAAGCAUGUGCCGCCAUAGAUAAUGCUGAAGGGAACGGCUACCUUAAUGAGGUGUUGGCAGCUACUGACAUAUUAUAUCCCGGAAUUGAUGAAGCAAGCGAUCCAUUGGUGUUAAUCAAUGGUAAACGUAGUGCUAAUGCGUUGACUGAUUUGAAAAGCGCU